AUGCCGGGGGGCCAUGGCCAUAUCCGGGAGGUGGGUAAGGAGGACGGAGUGCCCAAGGAGGGCGUGAAUCCGCAGGAGGUGCUCAUCCGGCUGGCCCUACUGCACCUCAUUCGCAUCAAGGUGGCCGCGGCUGAGAGCACCCGGGAGAGGCUGCGGGAGAGGGUCAGGGCGAGGAGGCUGGCCAAAGGUGGGGGUGCAGAGGGAAGGGGUGUGGAAAAGAGGGGUGCAGACGCGAGUGGUGCAGAGCGUAGGGGUGCAGUGGCAGCAGCGGGAGAGGCAGCAACAAAAGAUGCAGCAGUAGCAGCAGUAGCAGCAGCAGCAGCAGCAGCACCUUCUGGGAAAGAAGAGGCUGUCAGGAAGGCGGGAGAGGAAGUGUGCGGAGGCGCGGUGAGAGAAGGAAAAAGGGAUGGACCUUCAGAAAUGGAGGGCGUGACUUUGGCUGGUGGGGAAGGGGGUAAGAAGGGAGAGAGGGGGCGUGGAGGGGUGGUGGGGGAAGGGAAGGGGGAUGGACCUUCAGAAAUGGGGGGCGUGGAGGGAGAUGGGGAGGGGCAUGAGAAUCGGGAGGAGGGAAACAGUGAGCCGGGUGCGAAGGGUGAAGGAGAUACUGGAGAGGGAGAGACGGGAGAGGGAGAAGGUGGAAAGCAGGAGGGUGACAAGGAGGGUGACAUGAAGGAGGGUGACAAGAAGGAGGGUGACAAGAAGGAGCGAGAAGAGGAGGUUGAAAAGAAGGAGGGUGAAAAGAAGCAGGGUGACAAGGAGGGUGAAAAGGAAGAGGGGUUGGAAGAGGAGGAGGAAGCGGUGGAGCUGGGUUGGGAGGAGUUGCUGCCGGGGCUGCCAGAGCACCUGAAGAGCCACAGCCAGCUGGCACCGCUGUUCCGCACGCGACAGUGGCGGGACGAUCACGACCUGCAGCUGCUGAAAGGCAUCACCAAGCGCCCUCGAGCGCCUGCACGAGCCCGCUAG